AUGGAUCCGCUCACAGCUGUCAGUCUUGCUGGAACGAUCCUCCAGUUCAUCGAUUUUUCCUCCAAGCUUGUUGCGGGAACCUACGAGAUCUACCGAUCGGCCAGCGGAGCGACCGCCGAGAACGAGGAUAUCGCUACGGUCAUCGCCGAUUUGAAGGAGGUUACGGCGGAGUUGGAUGUGGACAUAACGGCGAGAGGCAAGCAUGCGAAAGCGCUGAAGGCGCUCGCGACAAAAUGCGCAGACCUCUCGGGUCAGUUGCUGGCCGUGCUGGAAAAGCUAAAGACACCGGACAGGCAAUCAGCGUGGAAGAGUAUGAGGGUAAAAUGGCCCAUCAUGCGGAAGAGCGACGAAAUACAAAGGUUUGAGAGGAGGCUGGGGGAGUAUCGGUCGGAAAUACUCAUGAGGUUGACGUUCAUGCUUAGUGAUCAGCAAUCAUCGAUCAGGGCGCAGCUAGACCAGAUACAGAACGAUGCCAAACGGCUCUCUACCGAAAGUGCGGUCAGGCUGUCAAACAUCCGAGAUGACAUGUUGAAGGCCGUGGAACACCUGGCGACGCACCCGCCCACAGCCCCGGAAAAGGGCCAGACUGGAAUCGUGCGUGAUGCACCCCACACGGUGCGACCCCAGCUCGAGCUGCAGGGGGUGAAGGCCUACAUUGAUAGCUUGAUGUCGCUUGUGGCUACAAUACCCCUGGAGAACCGAAUCUUGGAUAAUGUCUACUUUACGUCCAUGUACGAUCGAGAAGACAGUAUACACGAUGCUGAUAUAGGCACCUUGGGAUGGCUGUUCCUAGAUGAGCAACUCACGCUGAACGACAAUGGCAGUGACAGAGGCACGUACGACGAUGAGCAGCGCAAAAAGUCAUUUAAAGAAGAGCAAGAGAAAAGGGCCGCUGCCCGCUCCUCGUUUCUAGCCUGGCUCCGCACGGACAACGGGAUAUAUCACAUUUCCGGCAAGGCAGGCUCAGGAAAGUCUACCCUGAUGAAAUAUCUUUGCAACCACAACAGGACAGAUGCGGAACUGAUGAAGUGGGCCGGUGAUAAGAAACUGGCCUUCGCUCGAUUCUUCUUUUGGAAGGCCGGAGAUGAUCUCCAAAAGUCUCUCCAGGGGCUCUACCGAUCUCUGCUAUUUGAAGUCCUAAGACAAUGUCCGGAACUCAUACCCAUGGUGUUUCCGUCUCAGUGGGAGAGACUGCAAGCUUCUAGUCAAUGCGUCGCGGAUAAAACGUUAUUCCGCCAUCAUCAUAUUCUGGAUGCCUUCAAAAUCCUCAGUCGGCACACCACCCUCCCCAACCACCGGUUCUGCUUCUUUAUCGACGGCUUGGAUGAGUAUGACGGCGAUACCGUGGAUCAUACAACGCUGGCAACGAACCUUCGAUCUUGGGCCCUUGGAGAGGAUAUUAAGAUUUGCGUCAGCUCUAGGCCACAUCUUGAGUUCCAUCAAGUGUUUUCACGCUCGUCUGAUCGGCGUAUCCAUCUUCACGAGCUCACAAAACAUGAUAUCUAUCUCUACAGCUUCCACAUGAUCGAACAAGCCUUGGGUUCGACAGGUAUCCAGGACGAUUACUUGUCUGUGAUCAGCAAGGUCGUUGACAGAUCAGAUGGUGUUUUCCUAUGGGCAUGGCUUGUCGUGCGCCUUUUGAUGACAGGGAUACUGCGUCGAGACCCUAUAAACAUCCUUCUUAGUACUCUGGACACAACUCCUAAAGAGCUCAACGAUCUGUACACACGGCUCCUGGAUUCUCUACAGCAGCAUGAUCGAAAAAGGGCAGCCCAGAUGCUCAUUCUCGUGGCAUCCAACAAACACAGGCACCCAUUCAGCAGUCUAGCCUUCUACUGGUUGGAUCAGCUUGAAGAUCCGGAUUUCCCGGCUAGCGGUAAGAUCUUGGCCUUCAACAGAAAGGCGCUGAGAGCUGCACUAGACACCACCGACCGCCAGGUGAGGAGCGUUGCCAAGGGCUUCUUGGAAUCGUUCCCCUUCCAAGACGUCAAUCAUCAUGUCGAAUUCUCUCUGGGUCCCGCGGGCAUGUUGAAAUAUCGAUUUUUCCAUCGAACCGCCCGCGACUUUGUUUUGAAUAACCCCAAAUUGGGAGUAAUUGUGGAUACAAAAGCAAUCUCCAGCGCAGAAACCGCGCUUCGACUUCGACUAGCGGAGCUUAUGAGCCUAGACUACUCGCUUCGAUACCAGCUCUGCAAGUAUAUGACCAUCGAUCAAUAUUCCGGCAAAGGACUUCCCGUCAUACUACUCGAAAAAUAUCAUCGUGUCUUUGAGGAGACUGCCAGAAAUGCUCAUGUUUCCACAGAACUUAGCUAUUAUCACAUUCGGGCGACCGGUGAGACAAUUUACCCUCACCACCUUCUAAAAUCAUCUUUCCCUCAUCUAUACGCUGCUUAUGGCUGUGGGCAUUACGCGAUGCAUCUGGUGGAGAAUGAUAAGAGGCUGCUUGACGGGACUUCCAAGUUAAGCUUGCUAGUAACCGCUGCUCUACACGGCUAUUUGAAAUUGGUCAAGUCUCUUCUAAAAGCAGGUGCCCCUAUUGACUCUCAAAUCUUGGUCACUUGCAAUUAUGAGGACAGUUACGACUCUGGGAAUUAUGUUUCCUACCCGGUUUGGAUGGUGAUUUUGACCUAUAUCACCUUAAAAAUAGGCCGUCACUAUAUUCAGGAAUCUACCCCCUGGAGAAGAAAUUUCGAAAUUCUAGAAGCUGUACUGCGACACAAAUCUAUUCCCGACUGUGUGAUCAUGAUAGCACCCGACGAUCUCCCUCCAUCGUCGCAAAGAUACUUCCUCUCUCUACGCCAGAUGAUCUGGGAAGUGGCACCCGACAACAAGGAUAUAUUACUCUCCCUGUUGGAACAGCGGCCAGGCACUCGGCAAGCGAUACGAAAACACCUGCGUGCUGUACUAACUCGCUCGACCACAAAAGAGAACAGUGGGCCUGGGCUUAAUGGCCGCGUUCCCAUUAAGCCAAGCGACUGUCCUGAUCAGAGGUGGAAGGCGCUCGAUAACGCCGAGGUGGUUUGUGGCGAGUGGAGACUCCCCGCUGGGUUCUGUAUCGCGGUAUACUAAAGGGUUCCCGGCGAGAGUGCGAAGUCAACAAAGUAAACGCCUUCUUCUACCAUGUUGGAACCUCUCGGCAAGGGAGCCUGGUAUGUUGGCGACCCAUCAAAGGGACGAUGCUGCGACAACCAAGGUCCAAUGCUAUUGAUGCCGAAUUACGUGACUAGUCCCGGGCCAUGUUUUGGAUUUGCAAGCUACCGCGUCUUUGGUUGCACCCUUUCUAGGACUUCUAGAGUUUGUUUUAUAUGGCAUUAUUAGCUGGGUGCUGUUAGAGUGGUAGAAUGC